AUGACAGAUGCUUUCUCUACCUGUCAAAAGAAUGUGCUUCUGGCAAAGAGCCCGUCCACCCAGAUAGAAGGUGUCUUUGCUGCAACCACAGGAAGAUUGGUCCCAGAAGAGCAAGAAGCCCUUCUGCAGCAGUGGCUGAAGGAAGAAGUAGAGAAUUUGCCAGCCAGUGAGAGUGUUCCAGCAGCAAGAAAAGUAUCAGUUACACUCACUAGUGCCUGGUUAGAAGGUUCAGAGCUAUUGAUGACCAGCCUCAGUGACCUGAAUACGUCUCCGGAAGUCACCCAGUGUGCUGAUCAGCAACUCUUGGAGCUAAACACCUUGGCUUCUUCAGAAUUGCAAGAUCAUGCAGUGGCUGAACUGGCAAGAUUACCAGCAGAGGAAACAGCGACUGUAGCAGGCAGUGCCCCUUGGGCAGCUGUGGUGCCACAGACAGAUCACCAGACAGCUGGCUGUGCUGGUAUCAAUGUGGAAGUGCUGAAUGAUGACCCAGCUGUGCUGGCCUGGAGUUUAGCAUGUGAUGCAGAGACAGUGCCACCAGUGCUCCCAGGCCAGCCCAUUCAGGAUGCGGUGCCAUUUUAUCCUGUCCCAACAGAGGUGCCCUACCAUGAGAUCUUAUGGAGAGACUGGGAGGAUCUUUCUGUCCAGCCCUGUGUCUUAGAGCAGGUCUCAAAAAACACUUCUCUCUUUGAAUUUCGAGUCAUGUCUUACAACAUCCUUGCCCAGGACCUGGUGGAGCAGGGCCUUGAUCUCUAUGUUCACUGUCAUCCAGACAUCCUGAACUGGAACUACCGCCUUCCAAACCUUUUGCAGGAGAUCCAGCAUUGGGAUCCUGACGUUCUGUGUCUCCAGGAGGUGCAAGAGAACCAUUACUGGGAGCAACUGGAACCAACGUUCAAGGAGAUGGGGUUUGCAUGCUUCUAUAAGCGGAGAACUGGGACGAAGACAGAUGGAUGUGCAGUGUGCUACAAGCACAGCAGGUUCCAGCUGAUCAGCCUCAGCCCUGUAGAAUACUUCCGGCCUGGUCUGGACGUCCUCAACCGGGAUAAUGUGGGCUUGGUGCUGCUGCUGCAGCCUGUGCUCCCAGAGGAACUAGGUCUGAAGGCAGUCAGCCCUUUGUGUGUGGCCAACACUCAUGUGUUGUUCAAUCCCCGUCGAGGAGAUAUCAAACUGGCCCAGGUGGCCUUGCUGCUAGCAGAGAUUGACAAAAUUGCAAGAACUACUGAAGGCAGCUACUAUCCUGUCAUCUUGUGUGGAGACCUGAACUCUGUACCUGAUUCUCCACUCUACAAAUUCAUCCGAAAUGGUGAACUUUCCUACCAUGGGAUGCCAGCCUGGAAGGUGUCUGGUCAGGAAAACUUUUCCCAACAAUUGUAUCCGCGGAAACUGCAGGCCCCGCUGUGGCCGAGCUCUCUGGGUGUAACAGACAAGUGCCAGUAUGUCGCCCUGUGCCAGCCAAAGAAACUUGCAGGGAGACGUGAAUACAGCCGUGACUUCCUGCUGCAGUUCCGCUUUUGCGAUGUUGCCUGUGAACGACCACCACAGCUGGUCCUCUUGGAAGGUGUGACAGAUGCUAAACCAGACCGCCCUGCACAUUGGCCCAAGCCUGCUGCCAUGGUGAAAGACCGUGAUCCCCAGCCAUUCAUCCCAAGGUGUUCAGGUGUUAUCCAGCAUGGCCUCAACCUGACCUCUGUCUACAGCCACUUCUUGCCACACCGGGGACGCCCGGAGGUCACAACGAUGCCCAUGGGGCUUGGAGCCACUGUUGAUUACAUUUUCUACUCAGCAGAGCCUGUGGAGGACAAGGCGGGUCGCAGGCUGUACAAGGAUGGAGCCCUGAAGCUGCUUGGCCGUCUUUCUCUUCUCUCUGAAGAUGUCCUCUUGAUGGCAAAUGGCUUACCAAAUCCUUUUUGUUCAUCUGAUCAUCUCUGCCUGCUGGCUAGCUUUGGCUUGGAGAUCUCCAGCCUCUGAGAUAGUUAGUGUUGGCUCCCUUUCCCUAAUGAAAAGCUGUUCUUGAUACAGCUGUUAAGACUCUGGAUUGCACAACCUGCUUGCCAGAAAACCCUUUUCCUUGUCAUGCCCUGAAAGUCCUUUUCUCACCUCACACCCUCACUAAAAGCAGGGAUGGGAGAGUUGGAGCUCUUUUUGCAUUGAUAUUUUCUGCAUCUCUGCAAACCUGAACUGUGUUGCCAGUGGGCUGCCAGGUGUUUUCAGGCAUUAGCAUCUCUUAAAGGGAUCCUUGUUUCACUGCCUUGUUUAGCAAGUGUUUUUGUGCUGCAGGAACCAACAUGACUCCCAUGUUUGUUUGUCCCUGUGUGAGAUUUUCAAGGAGCAGAAAGAAGAGGGGCAAUGCUCUCUGCUUUUGGUUAGUUUAAUUGCUACAAGGAGCAUGGGAUGUAUAUGCCAAUACUCUUUCACACCAAAACAAUAGUUCUUUUAAUUUCUCAGUAAUAGUUCAGUACUUUCAGGGCUAGUUGUUGCUUUGCCUUUUAGGUUGGAUCUGCUAACUGCUUAGAAAUGUCUUUUACUUAAUGAUCUGUAAGGGCUGACUUGCUGACAGAAGGGUUUGUGUGGUGUAACAGUUUUUACAAGAAACUGCUUGCUGUGACUAAUGGACCAGGGAAUGGGAUUGCCAGGAAUAGAGCCAGGUGUUCUACAGAGCCACCCACAGCAGCUCUAGAGAAAAAGACUAGAGGCCUUGGGGAUGGCUUCUUUCCUUUCUAGCAGUCUCAGAAUGGUACCUAAUUUGUAAUUUUUAGCAAAAAUAUUUAGGAUCAUCCCAGUGAAUAUCCUGUGGAAAUAAUUACCCUGUAAGGCAUGACAACACUAGAAGGCUAACUGUGAUAACUGUGGUUAUCCCAAAAGAGAAAUGAAAAUGGAAGGCAUGUGAGAGUCAGCAAAGCCAUCAGAUGGAAGAGCUGUUCUUGUCGCUUGCCCUGUUCUUUUUUUCUGUGCACUCCCUAUUGCAUUCAGCCUGCCAGGGGUCAAUAGCCAACCUGUAGCAUCCAUCUGUGCCAGACUGAAGGUUAUGCUGCAUCCUUCUUCUGGACCCAGCCAUAUUUAGGUGUAAAUAGAACCCUUAGGAUCAACUCCUGUCUCUUGACAUGUGUUGGGAGGAAGGGGGAAAGGCUGUGUAACUUGGAGCCAGACUGCAGUCACUUGGAUCCCAGCGUACCUUUGAUGUCCUGUUGGUGUGCUUUUGUAAGCAAUGGCUUGGCCAGUACAAAAGCAGUCGAGCUGUACCUCUUCCUAGAGUAAAUUCUCCAGUUCAGCCUGACAUUUGGUACUCAGUUUUUCCCUAAGAGAUGGAACCAAUAUUGGCAGAAACAUUAUCAAUCUUCUGUUCACAAACAAGUCGGGAAAUCCGGUCCCACCUCAGGUUUUUUGCGGGAAGGUAGGGGAGACUUGAAACAUUGUUUGUUCUUCAUGGUCUAUAUUGAGGGACUUUGAUAUUUUAAAUGUUACUUUCUUUAUUGAAAAAUAAAAUCCUGCUAAUUUAAGAAAAUAUCACAAGUAACUGUGGCACCUUGUAUUUCUGGCAGUUGUACCUCUGAAGACUUCUGGACAAGGCUUUGCUGGCUGCAAGGUGAAAGAGGGCAAAUUGGCUACAUAAGAGAGUAAUGAGGGUUGAAGAGAGGGGAGAAAUAAGCCUAGUUUAAUCUCCCUAAAACCCAGAGGUGGCCUCUUUGGCGUUGGGUUUCUCUUGCCUCCUCCAUUCCUCACCUCACCCCUCCACCCCUAAAAAAAGAUUUGCUUUCAGGAACCCUUGCCCUCCUCCUUAAGAAAGCAGUACUGCUGAUCUUUUACAGCUCACUUCUGUAAACUACAAAAACAAUGUGGGGGCGAGGGCGGGGGAGUUGUGUUCUGUGCCCUUAUGAGCAUGUAAGGACUGCAUAUUCCCCUCUUGCCCUGCCAGAUGGUAUGGUAUUUGUCUGCUGAUGUGUGGAUGGCUUUUGCUACCAUUUGUGAGUUUUUGUAAGUGAACAGGAGUCUCGGGGGAUGUGAAUUAUUUUGCCAGUAGGUAAUAGUUCUGGCAUGGCACUGGUACAUCGGGAGGGGUGGAUGCAGAGGUAUGGCAUUUAUAUGACUACGUUUAUCUCAAUUUCUGCAAGUACUCUUACUUUGAUUUUGUAAGUGGUUGUAUUUAUAAAGAGAGGGAAGGAAAGGGUGAACUGAGGGCUUUGCUUUCUGUCUGGCUCAGAAAGAGGUUGCCAGAAGGCAGACUGGUUGCAGAUGACUCCCUCCUGCUGUUAACAUUGUAAUAGGAACCUUAGAAGACAUUAAAGGUUUAGCAACAACCAACCAAAAGCAUCACAAAAAAAAUUCUGUGACACAUGGUGUUGGCACUUAGAACUUUAGCUUUCUUCUUCUAUUGUAAUUGCUGGUUGAGUCUGAGGUUAGUUGGUGAGGAGGUGUUUAUAUGUGUGUGUGUGUGUGUGUGUGUGUGUGUACGUGUCUAUGAAAGCUGCCAUAAGAGACCCAUAAGGUGUGCACCAUACACCAAGACAUUAACUAGUUGCCCCUGCACUGCCUGAAGCAUCCUGCCAGUCCUGUGAUAUAACUCAGGUGGGGGACCUGUGUUCCAGUAUCAUAAGUGCUUUUUCCAUAUUAUGUAAAUCAAAACCUUGACUUGUGGGCAAAUUGCGUGGAAGCAUCUCAGGGAGGUUUUAAGGUUCCAGCUAUACUUUGCUGGAAAUGUAAUACAGAUCAAACUAAUGCUUUCCCUUUCCAUGCAUGAAAUAAUAUGGUAUGCACUUGGAAUUGUUGAGUUUUUGAAUACUGGAUAUGGAGUCACGUUCAGAGAAACCCCAGGACAAUGUUUACAAAUCCCCUUAUUCUUCUUUCUGGAGGUUAUGGUGCUCCCAGACUGACUUGCAGUUCUCAAAGCCCUGUGCCCUGAGCCAGCAAGUGUCUUGUUGGGCACUUAUAAGUGAAACUAUGGCAGAAAUGCAGGACCAUUGCUAGUGACUGCACAGAGACACAAAGACAUGGUUGAAGACUUGAUCUCUGUGUUUAUCUCUUGUAUGGACUCUUAUGGAGGUGGUCUGUUUCAGGAAAAUAAGAACCCCUGUGUUCUAGAGCAAUUUGGAGUUAAUAUCACAUGGAUCUUGGAGACCUGUGAAUGCCUCUUGACUGCGUGGGAUUAUAGGAGAGGUUUGGAGGUGGGGUGGGUAGAAAGUUCCUAACUAAAAUUGUAACUAGCAUAUAGUUGUUGGGAGAAAAUAAUGUGUUUUGUGAUGCUUUAGGAAUAGCACCCACAGAUAAAAUCAGAGCCUGUGGUAAUGAGCAUUGUAAUGGGAUGCAGAACUGAGACUCCAGAUGUAGCUCUUAGAACUGCUUCUGGACCUAAAUGCAUGAUGAGUUGUCAGUAACACAGUUUUCCGAUGAAUUACAGAGCAGUCUGUAAAUGCUUACGAAAGUAGAACAGCAGUAUCUGCAAUGCUCACAAAGGGAAGGUGGCACAGAGGUAAUUAGCAGCUACAUCACCUUAGUAGUGAUGUAGAGUUCAGGGAGGCUGAUGCUGUUUAGGGAAAGUGAUGCCAGAGACCACUGGCAGUGUGUGUACGUUUCCUGUGAGCAGCCUCCUAAGCUGCAGGAACGUGCAGCUGUAGAGGCAAUCAAGUAUUUGACAAAGUAUCUUUGCUAAAAAAAAAGCUUAGUUUGCACCACAGCUGCUAGGCUGUAUUUAGUUAUGCUGUUUAGUUAGAAAUUGGACUUCCUUCUUUUUCUCAGUUUUAAGUUCAUUGCUUCAGGAGGUUGCCCUUCAUAAUCAGUUUUGCCAAUUACAUGGGAUGGGAGGACUGGUAAACAAUAUAAUUGUUCUAGCUUCUUUCCUGUUCUUAAUAAAUGAAAGUUGGCUGCUGUUUGAGGUCUUCUUUCUCCAUGCUUUUAUCUUAUGAGCUCUCUCUCCAGCAGCUGUUUUCCCAUGACUGCUCUGUCCAGUUAUGUUUCUGAGUUACUGAUGUUUAUUUUUUCUGCAGCUGUAUUUCUUCAGUUAAAAGUUACGGGUGCAAUUCUCUAGGGCUAAAUUUUAUUAUAAAUGCAACAUUUAAAUGGUGUCAAGAUGUAAGACAGUGGUUUCCUCACCCCUGAAGAAUUAAGUGGGAGGAGUGGGAGCUCUGAAACGAACACUUAGAUGGGAGUAACACUUGUUAUAUAAAACAAAAAACCCCAAGUUUCAGAUUUAUUGUUAGUGCUCUGUACACCACCUGCUUUGUGAAAGCAGAACUCGAGAACACUUGACCUUAGUUUCUCUUCUCUGAGGAGUCUCCAAGAGGUCCUAAGAAGUUCAGUAUCUCAGCAGAUCAAGGUAUGAGUCCUGCUCUUAACAGUGUGUUGAUGAUGGUGUUGCUACAGUCCAAUAUCUGCUCCCAUUGCCACCACCUCAGUAUUGAACAUUUAUUGGAUGUACAGUUUAGAAAUUUGCAUGGGUGAUCCAAAUGCAGGUGAACCCUUUUGUUGCUUACCUAAAGGGGGAGCACACAAGUGAUAGUGGGAUACCAUCUCCUUUCAGGCUUCCUGCUGUGUAGACUAAUUGAAUUGCUGGCUGUGACCUGCUUCUUACCAGACUGUAGCUGCCUGUAGUGCUUCCCAUAGCACUGUCAUGCUGAAAUGCAGGUGCUGAACUGAAUAUACUGCAUUGUGUUUCUAAGUAUGAUACUGAGUUUCUGAAGAGAACUCACCUGUUACAAUGAUAACCAAGAUGACAGAUUUAACAGCUGGCAUGCCUCUGACUCCUUUUGUCAGCUGUAAACCUUUGGCGUCUCCUGUCAAGGCAAGUUGUCCUUCA